AACGUGUGUACCAUUUACAUCGAAUCGAACUGUUCCAUCUCGAAGCCAUCGCUUCGUUUUGUUCAGGGGUUGUUAGUCGGGUCGGGUCUUCAUUGGAAAUACGGGUUUUAUUUUACCCGUUUCUACGUGAAACUCCUCUUUAAAAUUCCACGGUUCUGAUCAGAUCAGAUAUAUCCAACGGCUACAAUAGCACCGCAUAUAAGCCCACCCCUCAUUAGAGACGAGCUCAUCAUCUCUCUGAGCUUCAUCUCUAAUCUAAAACCCUAAACCCUCACUGGUGGGAGGCAUCUUCUGUUAAGCAAGUCCAUUGAAACGUUCGGAAUUUCUCUGAAACCUUCAUGUAUGUUCAGUUUGGUGCCCACCUGCAAAGGUAGGCAUGUUUCCAAAUUUUUGCCCUCGCUUCGACUUUCUUGUCAAUUGUUCUCGGCAGCUACAAAUACUUUGCAAUUUUCAUCAGAUGGCUUUGCAAAUGAGAACAAAAAUGAUGAUAUCGACCUUCUAUUCCAAUCCUGCACUAACGUUCACCAUGCUAAGCAACUCCAUGCUUUUCUUGUGGUAUCAGGAAAAGUUCAAAAUAUCUUUCUUUCCGCCAGGCUUGUCAAUCGUUAUGCCUACCUUGGUGAUGUGUCAUUGUCUCGCAUCACCUUUGAUUUGAUACCGAGGAAAGAUGUCUAUACCUGGAAUUCCAUGGUAUCUGCUUAUGUUCGCAGUGGGCAUUUCCGUGAAGCUAUAGAUUGUUUCUCUCAGUUUUUGUUGACCUCCGGUCUUCGACCUGAUUUCUACACAUUUCCUCCUGUCUUGAAAGCUUGUCAGAAUCUAGUUGACGGGAAGAGGAUACACUGUCAGAUUCUAAAGCUCGGGUUUGAAUGGGAUGUCUUUGUGGCUGCUUCCUUGGUCCAUUUGUAUUCCCGGUUUGGUUUUGUUGGCAUUGCUUGUAGAUUGUUUGAUGAGAUGCCAAUUCGAGAUGUGGGUUCUUGGAAUGCAAUGAUUUCUGGGUUUUGUCAAAAUGGGAAUGCAGCAGAUGCAUUGGAUGUCUUAAUUGAAAUGAGAUCAGACGGGGUAAAGAUGGAUCGUGUAACUGCCACAAGUCUACUAACUGCUUGUGCACAAUCAGGUGAUAUCUUAAGUGGGAUGUUGAUUCAUUUGUAUGUCAUAAAGCAUGGACUAGACUUUGAUCUGUUAAUUUGCAAUGCUUUAAUUAACAUGUAUUCCAAAUUUGGUAGCUUGGGGCAUGCACGGAGGAUUUUUGAUCAAAUGGACAUAAGAGAUUUGGUUUCAUGGAACUCAAUAAUUGCCGCAUAUGAGCAGAAUGAUGAUCCAAUGACUGCACUUGGAUUAUUUUAUUCGAUGCAACUACUUGGAAUUCAACCCGAUUUUUUAACACUAGUUAGUUUGGCCUCAAUUUUAGCUCAGUUAAGUGAUGCUGCAAAGAGUAGGUCUGUUCAUGGAUUCAUCUUGAGGAGAGAUUUUUUUGUGCAAGAUGUUGUCAUUGGAAAUGCAGUUGUGGAUAUGUAUGCAAAGUUGGGUGCUAUAUAUUCUGCACGUACCGUUUUUGAAGGACUUCCUAUCAAGGAUGUGAUAUCAUGGAAUACUUUGAUCACAGGUUAUGCUCAAAAUGGUCUUGCAAGUGAAGCAAUUGAAGUGUACCGAAUGAUGCAAGAGUACAAAGAAAUAAUUCCAAACCAUGGAACUUGGGUUAGCAUUCUACCAGCAUAUACCUCUGUAGGAGCCUUGCAACAAGGGAUGAAAAUUCAUGGACGGGUGAUUAAGAAUUGCCUUGACUUGGAUGUAUUUGUGGGAACCUGCUUGAUUGACAUGUAUGCAAAAUGCGGGAGACUAGAUGAUGCAUUGUUGUUAUUCUCCCAAGUUCCCAGGAAGAGUGCAAUCCCUUGGAAUGCCGUAAUUUCUAGUCAUGGAGUUCAUGGGCACGGUGAGAAAGCUCUGAAGCUAUUCAAAGAUAUGCUAGAUGAGGGGGUUAAGCCAGAUCAUGUAACCUUUGUAUCGUUACUGUCAGCUUGUAGCCAUUCAGGUUUGGUCGAUGAAGGUCAAUCGUACUUUCAUAUGAUGCAGGAGCAAUACAGAAUCAAGCCUAAUUUAAAGCACUAUGGCUGCAUGGUAGAUUUGCUUGGUAGAGCUGGGCAUUUAAACAAGGCAUAUAGUUUUAUAGAUAACAUGCCUGUACGGCCUGAUGCUUCUGUGUGGGGUGCUCUACUUGGUGCUUGUAGAAUACAUGGAAAUGUUGACUUGGGCAGGAUUGCCUCAGAACGCUUGUUUGAAGUUGAUUCAGAGAACGUGGGCUACUAUGUUUUGUUGUCAAAUAUUUACGCAAAUUCCGGGAAGUGGGAAGGUGUGGAGAAAGUGAGAUCCCUGGCCAGAAACCGGGGACUGUCAAAAACUCCUGGGUGGAGCUCAAUAGAAGUUAACAACAACGUCGAUGUCUUUUAUACUGCAAACCAAUCUCAUCCGAAAUGCCAGGAGAUAUACCAGAAGUUGAGCGAUCUGACUGCAAAAAUGAAGAGCCUUGGUUACGUUCCCGACUUCAGCUUUGUGUUGCAGGAUGUUGAGGAUGAUGAGAAGGAGCACAUCCUCAAUAGCCACAGCGAGAGACUGGCAAUUGCAUUCGGACUCAUCAGCACUCCUCCGAAAACUCCCAUCCGGAUCUUCAAGAACUUGCGGGUAUGCGGGGAUUGCCACAAUGCAACCAAGUUCAUAUCAGUAAUUACAGAGAGGGAGAUCAUUGUAAGGGAUUCUAACCGUUUUCAUCAUUUCAAGGAUGGAGCUUGCUCUUGUGGGGAUUAUUGGUGACAACCAAAUAUCAAUCAUGUAAGAUUGGAAGGUACAUUUUUUAAUUCUUCUAGGGUCUGUUUGGAUGGGGGACUUGAACAAGGGAUUUGGGCUUCCAUGUGCCCAAUUACCCUAUUUGUGAAGCCCAAAGAAGAGAACUUCAUGAGAUGAACGACCACAAAUGGGACAAACCACAACCAACGCUGACGAGCCACGACCAACACCGAUGAAUCACGAACGAUGGUACAAAUUCUUAUCCCUUUCCUUUUCUCUCUGUGAUUAUUGGAUUCAAUGUUUGAUUCCAACUUCUUUUCUCUGAUUUUGGUUCAAUUUGUGAUGGAUUUGGGGUUCAAUUUUGACUGGGUUAGAGUUUCUCAGAUGAAGGUUUAGGGUAUCCACUUUGCCUCUUGUGUGUGUUCAGAUUUGGAGAGUUGGGUAGUGUUGACUGCAAGUGGAGAAGUGCAAGGUUCAGAUACAAAAUAUUCACAAAAAAUAACAAAAUUGAUAUAUAAUUGAGUUGGGGUAGUAUUAAUUCUUGUUCUUCAUCUCUUUAUCCAUGAUUUCUACUUCAGGAUAUAACAGCAAUAACUGUCUUUUGCUAAAUGAGUGGACGGUUUCUAUCUAAACAAAUGGAGUGGAGCAUAAGAUGUGAAAUUCCCAAUAUGAGAGGAAAAAAAAGGAGGAGAAACAUCCCAAAAAGAAAAAACGAAAUCAGAUUCUAUAUUGAAAUUGGACAUAUUAAUUUAUGAGCAAAUAGACAUUUGGUAAAACAGGAAGUGUGAUAUGUAGCCUCUUAAGUUAUAGAAAGUGUCCUGUUAAUUUCUAUGUUUAUGCUGCUUUGCUAAUCUGGUUAUAUGUGGUUCUAUUUGUUUGGUUAGGUUGAGUUGAUGGGUGCAUGACCUGUUCUGAAAAGUGCCAUAACAAAUUUCAAAGGCAGACCCUCUUUAAAUAUACAAAUUUGCAGAUAAAUAUAUUCUUUAGAUAUUAAAAAAUGCUGAUUUGAAUACAAUGGUAAAGCAAUAGGCUCUUUGAAUACAAUUGUGAAGCAAUAGGCUCUUUGAAUACAAUGUUGCCCACGAGAGCAACUCUCACUGUUAACUACAAGAGUUGCUCUCAUGGCCUUCUUCCUUCACCUUGCCUUUUAGCUUUGCAUUUUAUGAAACCUCUGACCAGUGAGAGUUGUACUUUCUUCUUCUUUUUCUUUCUCCCUUUAAAGUAAAGAUUGGUUAAGGUGAGCGAUGGUUCUGAAUGAUGUAAGAUUAGGAGAUCUGUGUGGUUGGCGUGCUUGAUGGUUCUGAAUGAUUGAGAUAAUUGUUUUGGAUUUUUUUUGUUUUUAUAUUGACAGUUUGUGAUUCAAUUGAGCGUGUGGUUCUGGAAAACCACCAGGAGGGCUAUGUAACUCAUAAGUAGUUGGACUUUGGUUUAGUUGAUGCAACUUAUAAUCCAAAUCAUAAUUUGCUUCGAAGGGAAAACAUAUUUAAAUUACCUUCUUGUGUUCUUUUGUGAGCCGAGAGUUUUUUGAUUAUCAUGCAACUGUUUAUUCUUCCCAGGAGGAGUUUUCCUCUAUUGCUUUCGUUCUGUUUUGCUCUCAAGCAAUGUAUUUCCUUUUAUUCAAAGGGGGAUUUUUGGUUCUGGUCUUUUAAGUUCAAUUUCAACUAUUGGAUACAUUUAUGUGCUGCUUACUUGCUUGAAAUGGUGACGCAGUUUCUGUUGUUUGAGACCUAUCUAACAAAACCUGAAAAAAGAAUGAAUUGGCUGGGUUUUUGUAAAAUUUUAGAGCUUAUGAUUUCAAUUGAAUUUUUGAACAUGAUUCAUAUUAGUUAAUUUUUGUACAUGAUUUGCUUUCUCAGUCUAGGUGCAAGAUUGCAGCUGAGUGCUAGCUUGUAUGGACAUUUUCUGAUCAAAAUGAUUAAGAAGUCAGGAUCCUGAUUAUUUUUAUUUUUAUUUUUAUAACUAUUGUUUCAUUGGUGAAGAUUAAUGUAUUAUUGUUUCACCUGUUCUGUACCUCAUUGAUGACAUAAAGCUAAAUUGUUAUUACUUUA